AUGGCGCACUCGAUAGAUUUCAACGCGCUGAAAGCGCGGACCAUGGGGUCUAGUAACGAUGAGGAGGCUGUUACCGUUGAUACUCGAGGUUUGAUCUCAAAAGUUCUAUCGCGAUACUCUGGAAAAUGGACGGUACUGCGUGAGAUGAUACAGAACGCCGCUGAUGCUUCGGCUACUCGAGUGACCGUCAAGUUCGAGACUCUACCCUCUACCACAGUCCCGCUCCCAAACUCAGCAGACCAAACCGCAACGAUAAAGCAUGUGAUCUCACACCACACCCUUCGGAGGCUUAUGAUAUCGAAUAACGGACACGCUUUUACGGAGAAGGACUGGGCUCGACUGAAGAGAAUUGCGGACGGCAACCCGGAUGAAACAAAAAUCGGCGCUUUUGGCGUUGGGUUUUAUAGUGUAUUCGAUGAUUGCGAAGAGCCGUUUGUUUCAUCUGGCAAUGCAGCCAUGGCUUUCUACUGGAAGGGAAACUCACUUUUCACCCGGCGAUUGGAACUUAGCGGAUCGGAUGCUUCCACGGAUACAACGUUCGUUCUUGAUUAUCGAAAUAACUCCUCGCCCGUUCCCUCAUUACUAGAGCUUGCGAAAUUUCUUGCUACGAGUCUCACCUUUGUCGGUCUAGAGAAUAUUGAUUUGUGGGUAGACAACUGGAAGCUGCUUGAACUAACCAAGAAAGUCGCGCCGAGCGAGAAAGUCACCAUACCUCGAGAUGUCGAAACGAAGACCACCGAGGGUCUCAUGAAGGUUACUAGUGUCACAAGGGAGGUUGCUCAAGUCGACGCUGCAUGGAUGAAGAUUAUUGAAUGGAGCCCGCAAACCACUCUUGCUGCUCGUCUGGAAGGCAUGCGAGAUACAACAACUACGCUUCGCUCGUUUUUCUCCAAAUUUACCGGCACAUCUAUAACUUCUGACAAGCCUCCCACUGAGUCAGUGGAGAGAUUGGGGGAUGGAGAAGAUCUCACCCAAAACCAAAAGGCCUCCGUGUUUUUACAUAUUAAUACCGCUUCUGUCCAGCCAUCAAUAAGCAGUUCUCUCGCUAGUGAACUAGAAAGAGCGACCCGAAAGCCCCCACCAAAGCGAACGACCAUCGCGAUCCUCACGCCAUCUUAUUCGACAGAUGACUCUUCCAAGAAUUCUAAAAUUCUUUCAUCAGUGCUACCAUCAAAGUCGGGGCGGAUCUUUAUAGGCUUCCCUACGCACCAAACUACUGGAUUAAAUGCACAUAUUUCCGCGCCUUCUGUCAUUCCGACGGUUGAGAGGGAAAGCAUCGAUCUCAAUACACGGUACAUUAGCAGGUGGAAUAUUGAGAUGCUUAGAGCAGCAGGUAUCGUUUGUCGAAUUGCGUGGACUGCUGAUAUGUCAUCGAUCAAGAACCGGAUUGCUUUAAAAAGUGGUCCAAAAGUCCGCAAGGAUGAUAUCAUGCCUUUCAUUUCCGAAGCCAUUCACACAGCUAAUCAAUUUUCCUUCCGGGAAUCUACCCCGUCUGCGACUCUGGGCCAGACUAUAGAAGACUCUUUCUGGAUGUGCAACAAGAAUGCUUCUAUUGAAAUCCUUUCUACCUGUGGUGUUUUACCGAGUCAUCAUGUCCGAAUUGCGCCAAAAGAUCUUAGCUUCAUGGAUGGCAUCCCGUCUCUUCCCGAUGCAUUGGUGGAAACUGCCAAAGAUUUUAUCAAAAAGUUGAUAGAUGUUGGUCUUGUGACAGAAGUGACAGUGUCAGAUAUCAAGCGGGAACUCGAAAACAGUGCUCUGACUUCCGCCCAACUUGUAGAAUUUCUCUCUUGGAUUGGAAAGCGUGCUGCCUCUGGUGAACUCGAUCAGAAAACCACCUUGUCACUACUCAGUGCAGCUGUUGCCAAUGAAGAGCCCUCUGAAGGACAGCCCGGCCGGUUGCUAACAUUGAAUGGAAUCGAUUGUUAUCUCAAUCCCGCACGUAUACCUUCUGACUUACCUAUACCACCUUCAGUAAUCCCUUUCAAGUACACUAAGUCAUUGGAGAAACGCCAAUUGGAUGCUAUCGGCUGGRAGGAACUACAAAUAGUUCCUUGGCUUCGUUGGCUGGUGGAAAAUGCUGGGAAUCGAAAUGUUUUAUCGGUCGAAAAAGAUCUUACCCACGCUGCCUCAUUUGCCGCUCAAAUUCUGCCGGUCUUGUCAAAGCAAUGGGACUUGCUCAGCCAGUCCUCCAGACAGACUGUGAUUGAUUUGUUGCAACCUCAGACAGUCAUACCCGUGAAGAAGGGCAUGAAAAGACCAGAAGAAGCGUAUUUUCCAUCAGUACGUCUUUUUGAUGACUUGCCAGUGGUUACUGGUCUUUCAGGUGUCAAGGAUAAGUUUCUGGCUGCUCUCGGAGUCCGCAAGACAGUCGAGCUUGGUGUUAUUUUCGAGAGGCUGCUCAACGAGCCAGAUCCGACAGUGUCGACCGAGAGUGUAAAGCCAAAAUGGAGCCACGUUGACCUGAUCAAGUAUCUCACGUCGGUGAGGGACGAUAUACCUGCCAAAGAUAUAGAGAGGCUCAAACAAGCUAAGAUUUGCCUCGCGGAAAACUCGUCUAGUCGAAAACGGUACAGGAUAUCUGAGCUGUUUGAACCUCAAGAAUCUCAUCGGAAGCUAGGCCUCCUAGUAAUUGAUUGGCAUGGAAAGUACCUGUCUCACAGCAAAGAAGCGCAAUUUUUGUCAACCUUGGGGCUUAAGCGUCAUCCUUCAGCGAUCGAAGUCAUCGAAAUUAUGGCAAAGGCAGCGUUGGCUGAAGAUACAGCUCUUCAGGCCAAGUCAAUGUCAUAUUUCAUUACAGAAUAUCAUGCGAACAAGUAUAACCAGGUCAAUAUGGAAGUAGUGACUAUCCCGUUCUUACCAACUGAAGGAAACAAGAAAUUAAGCGCACCAAAGGACUGCUUCACUCACGAAGGAGCAGCUUUAUUCGGAUUUGAUAUCUUGCGACGUGAUCUUCAUCCGCAUUCAACAAUUUUUGGCGUCCGUGAGCAUCCUCCUGUGAUGGAGUGCGUACAAAGCAUUCUCAAGGCUCCACCGAAAACGCCGAGUGAAGCCAGGAGUGUAUUUGCUUACAUGGCUGUGAGGAUUCCGGAAUUGAAGGGAGCAGAUACAACUCGAUUAGGUGACGCUGCUAUAAUCCCCAUUCCUAAUGGCACCACGUCAGAGAAAAGACCUGCCAUGCGCUAUGUUUCUCCGAAGAAUUGUUAUCUUGGCGAUAGCGAAGACUUCAAAGAUAUCUUCGAUUUUGUCCACUUUGGGCAAAUGGGAAAUCUCUUCUUACAGGCUGUUGGAUCAAAACAAGAGCCAACAAAAGUUGAGGUUGCUCAAAUGCUGGUCAAAGAACCAGCGAGGAUAUCUUCUAGGUUCCAGAGUCCUGAGAAAUAUUUAAAUCUGUUGAGAAGCCUUGCCGAUAAUCUGUCUACAUUGAAACGUCACAAGGAUCUUUUCCGUGAGAUGAUGAAAGCACCUUUUCUGCUAGCAAGUAAGGAGCUUCCCGCAGCAGCUUCAAGUGCGGUUGCUAGCAAGUCUACCACAGAUGAGGCCAGUGACAUCUUUGAAGACGAUGAACAAGGUAUCAGAGAAUGGCGGCUUACCGCAGCGAAGGAUGCUGUCAUAGUAGAUGACUACCAAAGCUACACAUUAUUUAAAGAACAUAUUUUCGCGGCACCACAAGAGGAGAGCCUCGAGAAGUUUUAUGCAGCACUUGGGACGCCGAUCUUGAGCACACUUGUCGAAGAACGCGCGAAUUGGGGAGCUAAGUCCUCAGAUCAGACGUCCGCGGCCAAGCUACAGAAGAUCAUCAGUGAACGUACAAGGCUCUUUCUACACGAGCAUAGCCCAGAUUCUGUCAAGCAUGAUGCGAAGUGGUUGGAGAAGCACCUCGGCAUAGUUGUUGUGCAUUCUAUAUCACUUCGGCGGUCUCUGAAGAACAUGGGCGCGACACAUAGUCAAAAACGGCAUGCAAUUGUCACAUCUCAGGGAAGCGAUCGCACGUUGUGGAUUAGUCCUGGAAAGUAUGACUUUUACGAAAUCAGCCAAGCUCUUGUACAUAUUCUGCUCGCACGCCCCAAGCUUCAUUCGAUUCUCACACUGGAAAUGUUACUCAAAACUGAUUUAUAUGAGCUACGAGCUCGAGGUUACAACGUUGAGCGCAUUCUUAAGAAGAAGCAGCAGGAAGCUCGAAUGGCCGAAGACUUGCGGCAGAAAGAAUUGGAAGAAGAGAGACGCCGGAUUCAGGAACGUGAAGCUGAACGUCUCAAACUUCAAAGUCAGCGCGAAGUGGAGGACAGAAAUUCUCAGCAGGAACAACAUGCGAUGCCGGGAGUGUUCCCAGACUCCCCUUCAAAUCAGCGGCACGGUGAGGAAGAGCAUACCGGAAUUGAUCAAGACUUCAACCCACGUGGCUUGUUCUCAAAUUUGAGCAAGCGCUUUGGGUUAGAUGACAAUAAUCGGGGACAGAAUCCUUUCCAGUCCCUGUUCAAGAACCGUACAACACAGGGAGAUGGCGGACCUGGGCCAAGCAGUGAAGUAUCGGCUCCGCCUCCGUACUCAGAAACGGACCCUAGGGGUCAAAACCAAGGCUCAAGCUCGAAUCCUAACGAACCAAAACCUGUCACCUCACCAAUUCAGCUGCACAACAAUCUUCUCUCUGCGAUUUCUGCUUGUCGACCACAUGGUGAAUCUGGUGUCUAUAGCCGUCCUGCUACUAAUCAGGUUAGCGAGACUAAAUCCUACUGCGACGAGCGACCAAGCCAUGACCUUGAAUAUGUUGCCACUCUACCAUCACGUCUGCAUUUCCUAAGCGCGAAGUCAGUCGCUGACCGAUCUGCUUUUCUGGCGGAGAACUCUGCAGGCAUCAACGCAUUUGCCAAAGUACUUGUGGAGUGCGCAAGCGUCUUUUCGGUGAGACUGGAGAGCAUCAGCGUGUUCUAUGAUCCUGCUGGCAAGACUAUUGCUUUCAACCGUUCAGGUAGUCUUUUCUGCAAUUAUCUGUUCUUCAAGCAGCUACAUCAGGCCCGAUUAUCACAGGAUCCGAUUGGCGGUCGAGCUGAUGCCCUCGUGUAUUGGUGGGUAAUUCUCUGCCAUGAAUUAGCACAUAAUUUGGUUGAGGACCAUAGCUCCGACCAUAGUUUCUACACAGAGGGAUUUGUUACUCAGUACUUUUCGAAAGUUGCAGAAAAGUUACUCACGAACACACCACAACCUUCAUGA